CUUUCUAGAUUACGAGAUAUGUUCAUCCUGCAGUGUGCCCUCUGUUUUCUGACUGACUGGUCCCAUAGCAGAAUGAUUGAACUCUCCCCUUUUGCCUUCUAAAACAUCCCUACUUCUUCAUAACAACUCAGCAAAGUGUUGGAAAAAUCUUCAGAGGUUCUGGUCUUUAUUGACAUGAAAGCAUCACACAGUUCCAUCCAUCAUGUGAAUCGUGGGAUGAGAAUCAGCUCCUUUAAAUCCGAGACGUUGGUGUGAGUUGGAAAAGGGUAAAAUGCCUUCUCCAGGUCCGGGAUGAGGUCCUGCCUCAAGUGGAGGAGUUUUAAGUAUCUCGGGGUCUUGUUCACGAGUGAGGGGACAAUGGAGCGUGAGAUCCAUAGGCCGAUUGGUGCUGCGUCUGCAGUGCUGUACUGGUCUGUUGUGGUGAAGAGAGAGCUGAGCUGGAAGGCAAAGCUCUCCAUUUACCAGUUUGUCUACGUUCCUACCCUAUAUGGUUGCAAGCUUUAGGUGGUGACCGAAAAAACGAGAUCGCGGGUACAAAUGUGUUUUUCCCCCUGGGUGUCUGGGCUCUCUCUUAGAGAUGGAGAUGUGACAGGGUGAGCAUCCUGUCACUGUAUCCUGAUUGAUCAUGCACCCUGGCUACUUGGCCAAGGGGAAAUCCCUUUGGCUGACUGGUUAGUGCGUGGCUCUCACCUGGGAGUCUGUGGAUCAAUCUUGCCCGGGCCCUCAUUUCUCCACCUUGCCACAAAGAGAAGCUUGGUCAUCCGGGAGGGGCUUGGAGUAGAUUUGCUGCUCCUCCACAUUGAGAGGAGCCAGUUGAGGUGGCUUGGGCAUCUAGUUAGGAUGCCCCCUGGACGCCUCCUGGUGAGGUUUUCUGGGCACGUCGAACAUGGCCGAGACCCAAAGGAAGACCCAGGACACAAGGGACUAUGUUUCUCGACUGGCCAGGGAAUGCCUUGGAAUUUCCUCCGGAGGAGCUGGCGCAAGUGGAUGGAAGUCUCGGCUUCUCUGCUUAGGCUUCUGCCCUCAUGGCUCGACCCCAGGAUCACCGGAUGAACAAUGGAUGCGAAUCACCCAUUCAACCACAUCCAAGAGGUUCUGGACUGGAUUGAGAUCUGGCAACUGUGGAGACUGUUGGUGCCUAGUGAACUCCUGUUUAAAAAUCCAGUUGAUGAUCUGAGCUUUGUGACACGGUGCAUUGUCCUGCUGGAAGUAGCCAUCAGAUGAAUGGUCCACUAUUUGGCCAUUAAGGGACGAGCAACCAGCAGCAAUACACAGGUAGGCUGUGGUGUACCAGGCUCAGGUGGCACGGUCCAAAGUGAGCCAAGAACACCUAUGCCACCGGCACAACUAACAUCACCUUUUCACAUGAGUUACCGCCACGUGAUUGGCUCAUUUGUGAUCAGCAGUGGGAAUAUAGUGCAUUUAACAUAUGUUGCAGCACAAGAGUUUUUAUGUCUGGUUUAAAAUUCUACAGAUUUGGGUUGAUGAGUGAAUUCACAAAUGACUAAGUAGGGGCUUUCCCUCAAGGUCUCAUCCUUCUAUGUUUAUGACAUUAAUCCCAGCUGCUUCCAGAGGAGAUUUCUGGGUUAAAUUCUUGAUCCCAAACCCUUUUCUGUGGUUAUCAGUGAAAACGUCUGGAUCUGUAGGAUCCCUCUGCGCAAACGGACAAACGUUUAGGGCACACAGCACCACAGCCUGCAGCUGCAUUAAUGGUAAACAGAGCAAAAGGUAGCGCAUGGGCAAGGCAGCAGGGAAUUAUUCCACAUCGCAUCACAUCCCUGAGCGUCCAUGGCGUCCUUUGACACCGAACAAUGAAUUUAAUGUGCAGGCUAACGAGGUAGUCGCCCUUUGUAUUCUUUUUAAAAUUAUUUUAUUUUUUUCCAUUUGCAGCCAUCAUCUGUAGUCGGUGUGCGGCGCAGGAGGGAGAGAAGAUGCGGCGCACAUUGCUCGAGCAGCCUCUUUUGCGCAUCCACGUUUUCUGCGUGUUGCAAGGUGUCUUUGAAAAGGAUACGGACCUCUGGGGGAAAUGAAAGGAAGCUCAGUUUUGGCUCACGCCUUUCGAGAUGGUGACAAAGAGGCGUUCCUGUCCGAUGGUCCCACCACACCUUGAUCUGUUUCCUCUGGGGUGUAGACGGCGGUAAGAAUGAACAUUCAAAAAUCCAGACUGACAGACUGCCACCCUCCACACUGUCUCCAAAAGACAAACCUUUCCAAGAGCAGGGGAGUUGUCAUCAUCUCACUGGACAUUUUAAAAACCAGCCUUCAUCUUCCUGGUCCUCCUUCAGAGCCAAAGAGGGAGGUAUCAUUAGUAAGAUCAGCCAAUGCCAGAUCAACAACACCACAUGAGCGCUUCAUCGUACUCCUUAAGAGUCAAGAAGCAUCUGAAGAUGUCUUCUGUGAGCUUUGAACCUUAAAGGAGAUUGUGUGGAUUCCAUCAUACAGUCAAAACCAGGUCAGAGUAUGUUAUCUACUACUACAAACAAAAUCCUGCGUCCCCUUCUGAUCACUAUUUUUGUUCUGGGAUGCUUUGUGACUGUCUUUCUGAUGUAUUUUAAGCCGUCCACCGGCUGGAUAUAUGGUCCAGUAGAGUCAACAGUUUCCACAGACCAAGUCAAGACUCUCUUCUCCACAAAGAACAAUAAAAACUUGACAAUUGUGCUGGUCUGGCUUUGGCCUUUUGGACAAACUUAUGACCUAAAUGUCUGCAGCUCCGCCUUCAACAUCGAAGGUUGCUUCAUCACAGCAGACAGGAACCUCUACAACAGAUCAGAUGGGGUCGUCAUUCAUCACCGAGACAUCGCCAGAGACAUCUCCAACCUGCCAACCCAACAACGACCACCAUUCCAGAAAUGGGUGUGGAUGAACUUAGAGUCACCAUCGCAUUCACCCCAGCUGCCUGAGAUCAACAACUUAUUCAACCUGACUCUCAACUACCGCCAGGAUUCUGACAUUGAAGUGCCUUAUGGGAGCAUCGUAGCAGCAGAGACCGAGGAGGACUUUGUGCCACCGAGCAAAAACAAACUGCUCUGCUGGAUUGUAAGUAACUGGAACCCAGAGCAUGCCCGGGUAAAAUAUUACAAUGAGUUGUACAAACACAUUGAGGUUCAUGCGUACGGACAAGCCUUUGGAGAACAUGUCUCUGACCAGGACUACAUCCCCACCAUGGCUAGCUGUAAGUUCUAUUUGUCUUUUGAGAACUCUAUCCACAAGGACUAUAUCACAGAAAAACUAUAUGUCCCGCUCUCUGUGGGGACAGUACCAGUAGUUCUUGGCACAUCCAGGCAGAACUAUGAAAACUUUAUCCAAGGGGACGCUUUUAUCCACGUGGACGACUUUGCUUCAGCCAAGGAGCUGGCGGAGUACCUGCUGCUCCUGGACAAGAAUGAGGAAAUGUACCUCCGAUACUUUGAGUGGAGGCGGCACUUUAAAGUGAAGAGAGCCCAAUUCUGGGCAGAGCACACAUGCCAGGUGUGUGAUUACCUGAGAAGGCACAGGGAGUACAAGGCAUUCAAUGACCUUAACAAGUGGUAUUGGGGUUGAUGGUACUCCUCAUCAUGUUUUAAUGAAGUGGUCUACAGCACAUAUAAAAUGUGGCAGCUCAUGAAGAAGACAAACAGAAAUUUAAAGAAGGUGUAAAAUUUAAAUGAGGCAUUAUAAAAAUAUAAAUACAUCUCAUCUGUGGUAGCGAUGCAGUCACCUAUGCAGUGCAAUGAAAAUGUGAAGUUGGGUAAAUAGGGUGAUGCUCAUUAUUUUUUUAAUUCUGUCUUUUUGUUGAAUAUUUUCUAAGUUUUAACUUGCACUGCUGAUCCAGCUGAUACCUGAUUAUGUAAAGUUAGACUGACAGUCGUUGUAUUUUCUGGCUGUCGAGGGCAUUACCCCAUUACAUUCUUCAGUAACAGUCGUUGUCCUUUGAGGAGGAGGUUACUGAUUAAUCGGGUUGUGAAUUGCUCAUCUUCACCUGUGCCAUAUUUGAUUUGGAUACCAUCUGGAUGAUGAAACAAUACAGAGCGGAGAAGCAGUGCACUAAAAUGAAGCUCCCACGUUUCCUUCUCAGUUUUCGGUAAUGUUGUUUUUUUUUUCAAAUAUUUCCUUUCAACAUAAUAUCUUUCCAUAAAUAUUCUAAAAGAAGAUAAAGUAAAUGAUUAUUUGAUUAAGAUUUCUAAGUUAAAAUGGGUUUGCAUCUUUAAUUCAUCCAUGCAAAAGUGCAUGCAUUGUGAUUUUAUUGUUUAGGACCACACAUGCUUUGGAUAUUCAGUUAUGUUGCAUCAUUGAUUUAUUUUUUUGUGAUUUAACCAAAUAAUUUUCGUGGUUUUCUAAAAAAAAGUUUUUGAGCAAAAUCACAAACAUUUUAUGCAAGAUGAGCCAAUGGCUUCCUGUCCAUAUUUCUGCUGAUGACUGUAAUAUUACUUGACUGUCUAGAGGGCCAUGAGGUGAAGUAAGAUCAAAUCAGUUCACUCAUUGAAUCUGGUCCUGACACGCCAUAAGAUCACUACAACCGACCGACGGCGUCAGCUGGAUCAAACAUGACUGCUAAUUGAAAAAAGAAUGACUGUAUGGAGCUCUAAAAAAAUCAUUAGAAGAAAAACAAAGUGUGCUGUAAAUAUUUUACAAGUUCAAAUCUCAUGCAGGUGUUGUAUGGAGGUGAAUGUGAGUCCACUGUAUCUUUGUGAGUAACUUUUGGUGCCUCAAGAGGCUUUGAGAUAAUGUGAAAGUUAACGACACUUUAAGUGGAAAAACAGCAGCAGAAUCAAUGCUUGUAGCGCUGGGAAAUGGGGUAUUUUUACAUUUAACGAGUUUUGUAUCAGGCGUUAAUCCUACUGGCAUGUCUGGAACUGAGAGGGUUGUGCCAAAAUUCAGCGGAGAUAUUUAGGGCACCUUUAUUUGUGCUAGGUUGUGUGACUCACUGUGCUUUUGUUUGUCUUAAAGGAGCUGUUUUAAGUUCAAAAUCAUGACCUCCGACCUGCCCUGGUGUAUAAAACUAUGAAACUUUUGUUCAUGGGUCCAUAAGUAAAGUCCUCUCUCUUUACAAAAACUAAACUUUCUUGUCCAAAGGUGACAGGAGCAAAAGUUUUCUUUUUUUAAUGAAUGUUGACUGUCUGAUCUGACUUUCUUCCGUCUUUUGCACAAAAACAAACAUGAUGAUCAUGAUGAUCACCGUCCCUGUCUGAUAUAAUAAGUGCGCUCCAGGACUACAGAGAACACCUAGAUUUUUUUCCAGGUGCGACUUUAGUUUUAUACACUGAGUGGGACUAAAUCCAUGUGCGUGAUUUAUCCCGAAAUACACAAAUUCUGCAAGUUUACUGGAACAAUCAGUGAGUCAGUCAUUAUGUGAGAAAUUAUUAUUUUUUCUUUUGCCAAAUUGUUGUUAUUUACCAAAUGUGUUUUAAAUGUAGAUGUCUAAGAAAAUAAAAGAAAUGGGCAAAUGAGGAAGUA